CUCUCUCUCUGUAUCGCCGUGAUUGUAAACGCACUCCCUUCUAUCUCUGUGGUCCACAGAGGUUCGGCGUUUUGCAAAAUAGUGCUCUGCUGUUGAAUGGCGUGCUCGGAAUACGCUUGCGCUGUAGGCAUUACCAACCUGCUUUCCUGCCAAAUACAUGCCCUAGAUGCAGACUCACUGCGCGGCGUCGGAUGCUGUGCAGGUGGGAGAGCAAAACACUCGCGUGAAAACUGACUGAGAAGAAGGCGAAAUGACAAGAACAGGUCUUGCAGUUGGUUGAUAAAGAAAAGCCUUCGUUAGACCUCGCUGCGCAUAUUCUUACAUUACAAGCCACAUCCAUCCGCAAUAUCACACCUUUACUUCCUCCGAGUGAUGCUGCUGCUGCUGUCUAUGCAGUGAAAUGCUUGGCGCUGUCUGAUUCUGCACCCAUCUGGAGCUGAGCCGUUUUUUUCUCCAUCCCCAGCGUCCUGAUCCUGAGCCCCGACCCCAACCACCGCAACGCUCCUUACUCAUCUACCUCGACGUCCCUCUUUACCCUGGUACUGACACUGCUUCACCCACAGAAGAUAGAUGAGCCUGGGAGGUUGUGCUUGAGUGGAGUCCUGCUGGGAGAAGUAAUGCUCUGUGUGUAGACCUUCCCCUAUUCCAACUAUGAGCCACCAGGAGGCGCCGCAUGGCCAGGAGUUGAGAGAGGCGGCUGAGGCAGACCUGGAGCGUAGGGGCCCUGAGGGCCAACAGCCCCCUUCAUCCCACCGUAGACGCCACGACAAUGGAGACGGCAGCUCCCGCUCCGGUCGUCCCCGCAACCACCACAGCAACCAUGGUACAGAGAAUAACCACUAUCAGUCCCAACAGCAGGGGGCCCCACGCUACCGCAGGUACGAGGGAUCUAACGGAGGGACGAACCGCACACGUGCUGCAAGGAGAUCAACGGAAGAAGGUGACGCUGAACAACAACCUGUUCAGCAGCCCAUACCAAGACCUGCAGUGACACGCUACCGCAGACAGGGGGACAACGAGGCGCGAAUCCGGGCCCAGCAACAGAGACAGCGACAGCGGGAGAGGCAACAAAGAGAUGCGGAGAGAGCCGAACAACAGAGGCUGGAACAUCAACAGCAUGUCAUCUCUCCUACACAACCCAUGCCACCCACUAGAGAACCGGAGGAAGCUGAGGAAGACGAGGGCGACGGCGGCAGUGCUUUGGCCCGAUCCGCCAGCACUGAGAGCGGCUUCCACAACCACACAGACAGGGCAGAAGGGGAUGCAGUCAUGGUCCUGGAAGCAGAGCCAGAAGACGAAAGCACAUACGGUAUCCCACUUCGCCCGGAAUCGGAGGAGUACACCGAGAGCGCAGAGUCAGAGCAACAGCACGGUGGUCCAGCUUACCUCCAACCCCAGUACCCACCUCAGCCACCGCCGCUACCUCGAGAGCCCCUGCCCAACGCUGAGAGGCCCCAUGAUGCAGAGACGCUAAACCCCAACUACUCCAAUUAUGUUUACACUCAACCCAUGUACCGCAGUACCACCGGAGCGGGAGAGGCCCGUGAAGGUGGAGCAACAGAAGACGAGCCGUACUCUGAGCCCUACGCCGAAUACACCCUUCAGGAGCACGUUUAUGAAGAAAUUACGGAUGCACCCUCGAGCAAAGCUGAGGGACAGACUCCACAACAGCGUAGGGCAGAGUUUAGACUCUUCGAUCGGGACUUGUACCAGCAGCAGGAGGCUGUUGGGUCGAGGCUCCACCACUACGACGAGCGAUCCGACGGAGAGUCGGACAGUCCCGAAAAGGAAGCAGAGUUCGCCCCGUACCCCCGUGCUGACAGCUGCGAGCAGGAUGAGGACAUUGACCAGAUUGUGGCAGAGGUGAAGGAGAGUCUGAGCUCGCAGAGCCUGGAGCGUGUCGCCAUGGGCCUGGACAAGGACGGCAAUGAAGAAGAAGAGUGGCCUGAGUCAGAGUCCCACGGUCAAAUAGACGAAAUCAAACCUCCGGAGCCAGUGAGUGAAAGAGAGGGGGUAGAGCAGUCCCCCAGAAGUCCCUCUGAAGAGCCAGCUCCAGUUGUGAGGAGCAGUCGUGAGAAGAGAGAUGCAAUCUCACUGGCUAUUAAGGACAUCAAAGAGGCAAUAGAGGAGGUGAAGACAAGGACGGUCCGCUCGCCCUACACGCCAGACGAGCCCAAAGAACCCAUCUGGGUAAUGAGGCAGGACCUGAGUCCUACAGCAGAAUCUGACCUGCAGCCGUCUCUGGGGGCUGAUUCUCCAGGCUCAGGCUCCACCUCCCCACAGGGGGCGGAGUCUUCCGGCCGUCACCUGCCGUCACAUGAGGGAAGUGACAGCUUUGAGUCUCCGUCUCCUGCCAGUAAAGAGUCAAGGAGAAGUCUUGCUUCAUUCCCGACAUAUGUGGAAGUACCAGGCCCAUGUGACCCAGAGGACCUCAUUGAUGGUAUUAUUUUUGCUGCUAACUAUCUGGGAUCCACCCAGCUGCUCUCAGACAAGACGCCCUCCAAAAACGUGCGCAUGAUGCAGGCUCAGGAGGCUGUGAGUCGCAUUAAGACGGCCCAGAAAUUAGCCAAAAACAGGAAGAAGGCACCAGAAGGUGAAGCUCAGCCCAUGACGGAGGUGGAUCUCUUCAUCUCCACUCAGAGAAUCAAAGUGCUCAAUGCAGAUUCGCAGGAGACCAUGAUGGACCACCCUUUAAGGACCAUCUCCUACAUCGCUGAUAUUGGGAACAUCGUGGUGUUGAUGGCCAGAAGGAGAAUGCCUCGCUCCGACUCUCAGGAGAACAUGGAAGCCUCUGACCCGGCCCAGGACGAAAAGCGCCAAUACAAGAUGAUCUGUCACGUGUUUGAAUCUGAAGAUGCUCAGCUCAUAGCUCAGUCCAUCGGCCAGGCUUUCAGUGUGGCGUACCAAGAGUUCCUGCGUGCCAAUGGCAUCAACCCAGAGGAUCUGAGCCAGAAAGAGUACAGCGACCUCCUUAACACACAGGACAUGUACAACGAUGACCUCAUUCACUUUUCCAAGUCUGAGAACUGCAAAGAUGUUUACAUAGAGAAGCAGAAGGGAGAGAUUCUUGGGGUGGUGAUCGUGGAGUCGGGCUGGGGCUCCAUCCUGCCCACGGUUAUUAUAGCAAACAUGAUGCAUGGCGGCCCGGCCGAGAAGUCUGGCAGGCUGAACAUUGGGGACCAGAUUAUGUCCAUCAAUGGCACCAGCCUGGUGGGGUUACCCCUCUCCACCUGCCAGAGUAUUAUCAAGGGAUUGAAGAACCAAUCCAGAAUAAAGCUCAACAUUGUGAGAUGCCCACCUGUGACCACUGUCCUCAUCAGAAGACCAGACCUGAGAUAUCAGCUGGGAUUUAGUGUGCAGAAUGGCAUUAUUUGCAGUCUGAUGAGAGGAGGGAUAGCAGAGCGCGGUGGGGUGCGUGUCGGCCACCGGAUCAUUGAAAUCAAUAGCCAAAGUGUCGUGGCCACCCCUCACGAGAAGAUUGUACACAUUCUGUCAAAUGCAGUUGGUGAGAUUCACAUGAAGACUAUGCCGGCUGCCAUGUACCGCUUGUUAACAGCCCAGGAGCAACCAGUUUACAUCUAAAGCUACGACGCUUUCUCAAGCCUCCUGCCCUGUUGUCACCAGAUAUAACCUUAAUCUUGAUGUGAAACUGUCAGCCCUGUGGACUGGUGACUGUGUGACUGAAUCCACUGAAGCUCUGCUCAACAUGGCUCUCCAUGACGCUUCGGUUUCUCUUCACUGCCUCCCCUGAGCUCUUCAUCUCUUCUUUUCUGUUGCCGUGAGUGAGUAUGCUGUGCUGUGUAAUUCCUCUCUCUGUGUGCACUCAGCCCUCUCCGUGGAAGGAAGCAGAGAGAGAGUGAGAAAUAUUUAAACAGCCCCGUCGCAGGAAGCGGUGUCCUUCAAAAUAACGUUUGAAACGAUAUACCAGUAUUUACAACACAGCAGUCUGUGGGUGAUAAAAAGUACACCUGUGUGAUCGUUAGGUGUAUAAAAUGAAAAAGGAGUUUGCCUUACCAUACUUUUGUGAUGUUAUUUAUUCAAGCUUGGCAACCAUCAAGUGUUUUAGAUUCAACUUUAAUUUUAAGGGCAGCUGUUAGUCUGAGGAAUAUGGAGAAAAUGGCAAGAUUCAGAAAAAUUCAGUUUGUAAGUUAUUUCAUUGGUCUAAACCAACAGGAUGUAUAAUUUGAAUUUGAAUUGGAAUGACAGGAACAUUAAUUCACUGAAUUGCAAUUCAAAGAUAUUCAUUUGUUAUUAUUACAAUAAAUAAUUACAUCAUUCAUUCUGACUAUUUAGGUCUAUGUAUUUCCUGAUAUGUGAUAUGUAUUUAUUUCUCAACUGAUUAGAUUUUUAUUUGGCUUCCGGUCUCAUUACCUCCAGUUAUUUUUAGCUGUACAAAACAGCUCGUUUUGCUGCUUGAUAUUGCAAAUUGCUGUGUCUUGCCAUAUUAUUUUAAUGUAUUAUCUUAAUUAUGAACACACUGGUUUGUAGUGCAGUUUUACUGUGUACUGCACGUUGUUAUUCUUCUCGUUAUUUCUCUACAGCGGCUAAUGAGCCGGAAGUCUCGUCCAUAGGCUUACGUCACAGUUACGUAACUUGCAGCUGCGCGUGCGUUGUGGUGGCAGAAAAACACUGGUAACAAGUGGAGGGAAAUGGGUAAAAUCUGUGGAAUUAGAGAAAAAAUGUAUUGCAGUUUCAUUUGAUGUCAGAAUUGGAAUGUGAAUCAUUUUUAUAGAAUACUGUCAUCAAAGACGCCACUUAAAGCUAAACACAGAUGUUUAAAUGGACGGACUAAUGGGUAAAACCUGCUAUGAUUACUCUACUUUUUAAGCAUAAAUUUGAUUUAAACAAUAGAUCUAUGUAAUAUCCACAUAUGCUGUUCAUAGGAUAUAAUGUAUUAGCCCUACAGUUACAGCAUGAAAUAUUAUUUAAACCUAUAAUAUUUUACAUUUACCUAUUUUAUCUCACAAUUCUGACAGUAUAUCUUAUAUUUCCGACUUUAUAACUCGAUUUCAAAUAGCGAGUUUGUCAAUUCUGAGGGGGAAAAGCCAGAAGUGUGGGAUAUAAAUUCAUUAUUCUGAGCCGAGGAGAAUGAUAAGUUGAUUUUUCUUAUCAGAAUUGUGAGAUAUAAUCUCAGAAUUGUAAAAAAAAAAAGUCAGAACUUUGAAAUAUCAACUCAAAUUUACCUUUUUUAUUCUUUUAUUCCAUGGCUUACCUUAAAAACUGUCAUUUUCUGCCACCAGAUAAGCCCCGCCCACAAAAAAACAUCAUAACUGUUUCCAAACACCAGACUGGUCUUUGCAAAGACUCUCCUUAGUUACUGUUGCUAUGUCGAACAAGCCAUGCCCCUCUCAUGCCACACAUUACCUUGUCAUGCAGUGAAAAAUACAUUGUAGAGGAAUCUGUUUGGUGACAGAUUACUGUAGCGCCUCAGUUCAAGCUUUCUUUUAACUAGCUAUAGCACAGAAUAAACAUGAAUUAACUUUUUAAUUUGUUUGUCGGACAAAAUGGCAGAUAUGGCGUUAUGAUUGGUCAGAUUGCCUGUUAAUCAAACUCCCUGCAAAGGGUCAUUACAGCCACCAAAACAGAUUAAUUUUUUUUUCCAUAUAAAAAAGUAAAUUUGACAGUUUUUUUUUUCCAUUGCCAUAUUUUUGACUGGAUAAAAUAGUCAGUAAAUUGGAGCGUUCUGGGAAGUUAAGUGUUCUUUAAUAAUGGUUUAAUUUAUUAAAGAUAGUGAGAUGUAUAACAUUUUCUACCUGAUAUCAUCACGAAAACUUAUCUGUGGGAACUUUUUCGCAAGACGCGAGAUACGUAACAUACGUAAGUACAUAUUGCUGCAGUUUCCAACAGAAACGUCCACUAGAGGCGGUAAAACAGCAAACACUUGUAAUCAUUUUUAUCAGCUCCAUAUGUUUUGCUUUCCAGACAUAACAAGCUUGCUCGGUAUGAAAAUCAAUUAUUGCUCAUGAUGAAAGAGCUGAAAGAUGAGAGAUCAAAAAACAAGAUGAAACAGCAUGCUGGCAAUUGCGUUUUUACGUCUUAUUCGCUUGUGUUGAUACUAUCGGGUAGGUUUAGGUGUAGUGCAGAUGGUACAUUAUUUUAAAACGUCACAAGCUUUGGAGUUAUAGCGGUAACACGUAUAAAACCAAUGUCACAUAAGGUAUGUUCCCACAGGUAUGUUUUUGUCAUGCGAUCAUGUUGAACAUUUUCUAUGGGUUGCAUUUAUUACAUUAUUUAUAACAUUAUUAAUAUUAUUUAAUGUUUCUGAAAAUAGUGCAAAUGUCAUGUGUAUGAUCAUAUUCACAGGUCAUUUACGUCGAAACCUAAAAAACACAUAUACAUACAUUACGUUUUAAUUCUUCUUGCUUAAAUUCAAAUUCGAAUUACAAUUCUACAUCCUGUUUGCUGAGAAAGCUCAAACCAUUGAGUCCUUUCUUAAACACAGUUCUUAUUAAAAUGACGAUGACCUUUGUGGCUCAUCCGUGGUGGAUAAUUCAUGUCUAGUGUAUCUAUAGUAGAGCACAUAGAAAUUGUGGAUGAAAUGCCUUACAAAUGACAUAGUUUGAAAAAAGAAAGUGUUUUGGAGAUGGUGGUGCAUUUGGAGAUCUGACAGUAAUUGAUUUGGUUCGAAUGGGACACUGGGAACAUUUUGGACUUGGUCAAAUAAACCUCUUUAAAUUUACACACACA